AUGUCAGCCGGGCAAGACAGUGACGGAACUUCUUUCGAGAAAGGUGCGAAUAAUGGGAAAGAUACAGAGCCUGCUACCACGAGGUCCUCCAAACAGAACGAAAUCUUGUGGAAGACGUAUAAACGUCCCUAUCGUCACUUGGACGACCUUCUAGCUGCCAAACCUGAUGUCCCCUCGGGUGCUUCCAUUCUCGGUUUGCUUCAUCUAGGGGAAUUCUCCAUCAAGCAAGCAGACACGUUUCUCGAUAAUCUCGAGCGCCCAGAUUUAGCUCUAGAGAAAUGGGUCACAGUGAACAUUGUCAUGGAGGGGAUCAUACCCCAUCAUGAUGGAUACAGCUCACUCAUGAGCGAUCUUGGGCUUUUAACUAGGUUUAACACGAUUAAAAAGUGGCUAUUGGACAAACAUAUGCAAUUUGAAGAAGCAAAAGAAUUCAUCAGGAACGACAAUUACAGGAAUGGUGUUAAAUCUUCUUUAACGCCAAUAAUGGAUUGGCCAGACGAGGGAAAUGCAGCGACUUUCGGCAAUGGAAAAGGAAAAAGACGGCAUAUUGGACACAGCAUUGACAAUCAUGCAGAAAAUGAAGGUGCGGGAUCGACGUCCAAAGGCUCUACUGCUUCUGGGAAUUUGAGCGACAGUGUUAUCCAGACAAAAGGUAGCCGGCCAUCAGAUGAUGUCACAAUUUCUUACCCAUGUCAUGUUCGAGCAUGUGAAUACUACAAAAGUGGGUUCCUCUCUCAAAGUACUCUGAUGGAUCAUUAUCUCCAUUCUCACGGAGAAGAUUAUCAUCUUUGCGACUAUGCUUCUUGCCAGUCACAAAUAGGCACUGCCACUUCAUCUGGUCUCAAGUUUCGUUUCCUUCGCUCAGACUUCCGAGGUUCAGAGGCAGAAUACAGAUCCCACCUCCAGGAUUCCCAUAAAGAAGACAUUGGAUUAUCAUCUAAAUUGUCUGGCCAAGAAAUAGACUCGCUUGGGUUAUGUAGAUUAGAGGCAGAAUGGUGGAGGUGUCAAAAUUGUUUGAGAAGGGUUGUCGUGCAAAGCGAAGGAUAUACUUGCACUGCCUGCAAAACUAUAUGCGAGCCGGCAAUAAUUACGGCGAGGAAAACAAGAUUUAGUUUCGGGGGGCUAAUUGAUAGUGGAAAAAUGCUCCCCAGCGCGAAUGGAGCUAUUGUUCAUCAAGCUUCCAAUCUCCCGAAUAAUCCGGAUGUUACAAACGCACACGAUGUACUUAUUGAUGGUCAAAGUCGAGUCUCCGAAGAAUCUACAGAGCAUUCAUCUACUCCAAUAGCGGAAGCAGAUGUGAAAAGACAACGAAAAGCUCAUGCUAAAGAGGAAUUAAGAAUAGAACGAGAAGCUCCGUUUGAAGAAAGAUUAGGAAUAAAACGAGAAGCUCUGCUUAAUGACAAAUUAAUAAGAGAACCAGAUGCUCAGACUGAGGAAAUAUUAAGAAUACAACGAGAAGCUCCGUUUGAAGAAAGAUUAGGAAUAAAGCGAGAAGCUCCUCUUGAAGAAAAAUUAAUAAGAGAACGAAAAGCUCAGGCUGAGAGGAACACGCUAAUAAUUGAGCAUAUCGAAGUACAAUUGAUGCGCAGUGUUGAGGAGGAUUUGAAUGAGGGGCUGAGGGGCAAGGGGGAUGAGAUAAAUCAUUCUGCUAGAACACCCAUGUUGGGCAUCGAUUAUGAAUACACCCACAAGGAAUAUCUGAGCAGUAAACUUGUUCCAUUCAUGACAAUUAAGCAAUUGGGACAUGGCUCCUUCGGAAUUGUUGACGCAGUACGUUUCAAUGACAACGAAAAUGGCCUUCUACUUGCCCGAAAAAUAAUCCGCCUUCCUAACUUUUCACGGAAGAAAUUAUUACCUCUUAUUCAACAAGAAGUAGCCGUCCUUCGGGGUCUCACCCAUCAGCAUAUCGUUAAAGUCAUCAGUACUUAUGAAACAACUAAAGCUCCUCGGCAAUUCGGAAUUCUCAUAUCUCCAGUUGGUGAUGAAGAUCUAGGUCAUUUUCUUGAUCGAGUUAGCGAAAGUGAUUUCCCAGAGGGAGAUAUGAAAUUGCUUAAUGGCUGGCAAUGUUGCCUUGCUUCUGCGCUAGCAUACGUCCAUUCGCAGAAUAUAAGGCACAAGGAUAUCAAGCCAAACAACAUAAUUUGCAAGGGGGAUCAAAUUUACUUGACCGAUUUUGGAUCCGCACACCAGUUUAGUGCCGGUGUUACAAGUUCAACGGAUGGUCCUCUGGUAGGUAUUACCAAGAUGUACAGUGCUCCUGAGGUAAUCGCCGAUGACCGAAGAGGUCGACCUGCGGAUAUCUACUCCCUGGGUUGCGUUUUUGCCGAGAUGGCCACUGUAGCUAACGGUGAACGAAUCGAAGAGUUUCAUGAGUACAGGAGCCAGCCGAUUCCAGAUGAGCCCGAUAUAAUGACCUAUAUUUAUCAUGCUACGGCACAUUUGAUAGGGCCAUGGUUCACCGAGUUGGGGGAUCCUUGGACGGCAUCUCUUCUCCAUGAUAUGCUGGCUGUGGAUCAAAAGUGUCGUCCGACGGCUGCUGCUCUACAUGAAACUCUAUUGGCGCACUAUGGUCUGUCUAAUUGUCCGUGUCAUCAACUGCCUUUUUCAAGAGCUUUGCCACAGGUAGAUGAUACUGCAUCUUGGGAACAUGCAAUUGACUCAGGAAUCACUUCGAAUUCCCGGAUUGUUCCAAAAGUCAUCAACAAACAAUAUGCUUAUGUGGACCAAAAGUAG